ACGAGAACUCAUCGAGAGAUGCCGCACUUGCAGAACAUCGAGAGGGAUUUUGCCCUUAACUGGACCUUGAAUCCCAUUCGGAUCUCGAGUAGUCUCGCCGUAAAUACUCUUUCUCUAUAUCGAAAGAUCUCGCACAACAUGUGGCGCUGUUGCACCCAAUUUUGCCACAGCCCCAAGUUCCAGCGAUAUGUUAGAUUCCUCGAGUCCAGUCUCUGCCAGUUCUAA